CUAUCUCCCAAUGAAAAGUUGCCUCAGAAAUCAGGAUUGGCCCACUGGGUUGGAAGAGAGAAAGAGAGAGAAGGUGAAAGUGAGUAAAUGAAGGAAAGGAGAGUGAAAAGGAUCCAGAGAAACAUCGUUAAAAAGGAUUUCUUGAAAACUUUCAUUUUCACUGUGAGAGUUGAUUUUAAAUUGUGUCAACCGGCCGGAGAGAAUUAAAUAAUUACCAUGUUCAGACAAACUAUAACCACAGCAUCGCUGGUUAUUUUACUUUCCAUUGGUUUGUCAUCAACGAAUCCUGUGUCCAGCGAUUCAAGUGACUGGUCAACUCGAAUAAAUGAUGAUGUUGAAUCAACUCAUGUUGACGGUCCAAUCAAAUACAAUUUUGAUGAAUCCUCAGAAGUUGAUUCCUCAUUCUCGAAGAGAGAAGUCUCACCGGUUGUCGGUCCACUAGAAACACCAUUAGUCUGGGGAGCUCGCAUUGAAUCCUCGCCAUCAGUAGGUGGUGGUGAUGUUUCGCCUUCAUCCGGAACCAGGACUGGUAUUUUUGUAGGAGGUGAUAAUAAACAGAAAGUUGAUUGGGCAUUGAAUCCUGGUGAUAAUAAAAAAUUAUAUUCAACAAAUGAUGCUUCUGACGUUAUUGAACAAAAAAAGGAAGAUUCAGUUGCUUUAGCUCCUGAAGCACCAAAACAACCAGAAGACUCUAAUGCUGAUGUAUACAAGGAUAUUUUACCACCAGUUUUAACAGGUAAACGUCGACUUGCUGAAAGUGAUAAACCAGUCCAACCAUCGGUUACAAAUGAUAACAAAUCACCAACUGUUUCAUCGCCCACCAAGGAUUCUGAUAAAGUUUCAUCGCCAACAUCGUCAGCGGUAGAUAUUAAAGGAUCUUUAGGUGGUGCAGUCUUACCAGAUCAGUCAAACCUUAAACCAAGUGAUAAAACGAUUCCUCAACAUGUUUACACUGAAGAUCAAUUUCCAACUGUGAUAACGAUUAAGGGACGAGAAUACCUUGUUAUACCUCAUAAAGGUAAUAAUGUUCAACCUGUAGCACCAACACAGACCUCAGCCGGCCCAUGGUACGCAAAUCCAGGUCAGGGUCCUUUUGUAAAAAAUGUACAGUCUAGUAGCUUUGGAUCGUCAAUUUUUCCCAAUUAUCCAGUUUUACAACCAGCUUCCUUAGGUGUUGGCCCCAGGCCGGAACAAGUCCCAUUCCCUAAUCAAUCAUUCCAAUCAUCGGUCCACUCGUCAUCCGUAGGUCAUUCUCCUGCUGUGGUCGCGUCUUCGUCUUCUUCUUCUGUUUCAUCUCAAGUUGUUGGAGAGACUGCAGACCAAGUAGUCCCAGAUUAUUCUCGUUAUCCUGGUCAACCAUUUGGAUUCUUUGAUUCAGUAUUUGGUCAAAAAAGUCCACCAAACUUUGCCUUUUCCAGUCAAUACCCAAUUUACCACUCGUCAGCAUUCAAAAAUCCAAACGUCCACACCUCGGACGGUAAUCGCCAGGAUCAUUCCGUUCAAUCCAAUGUGUUCUCACAAUCUUUUGGACAAUUCAGUCCAUUUCCAUUCCAACCACACUCUCCACAGAGCUUCCCUUCUUCCCCACAAUUAACCAAGAAGUAUGAAUAUUUUGCUCCAGCCUCUCACCAGGUUACUAGAGUUGUAUCUGUACCAACCACCCACACCCAAAGCCAUGCUUAUCCAGUAGCUUCCCCACCUUCAUUUGUGUCACAAUCAGCAACAUCAGGCUCAUCAGGCUCAUCCCAGUCAGGUGAAACAACUGUGAAUGGUGCUCCUGUCAACCCUAAUUUGGUUCAAGAUCCAUCAUUUUCUCCUAAACUUCAGGAUCCAAUUGCUGCUCAAUCUCCUUCAGUCGAUGCUGGUUCCCAGCAAGAGACCAAUAAACCAAUCAAACCCGAAUCUAAUCUCCAUGCACCACCUCAAGUACCCUCAUGGAGCCCAUACGGUUUUUCAGUAGUAGCUGGAAGCUAUCCAGUGCAAUCACCAGCGUCAGUCUCUGUUUCUUCUUCCUCUCCUUCUCUUGUACCCUCCACACUACCAGCACCUCUUUCACCUUCUUCUCCCGCUCCCCCUUCUUUGUCCCAUUCUUCACCUUCAACUGUUCCCUCCAAGACGCAUGUAGAGUCACCAGCAACAGUUACGGUUGACACAAAAUUUCCCCAACAAUCAAUCUCUCCUCCUUAUUAUUCCUUUGAAGACAAUGGAGUCAAAGUAACAUCCAAUCCCGAAUCAGCUUCACCUUCAGUCACAGUUGGAUCCUCCAAUGUAAACUCAGCAGCAGAUCAACCUGUCAAAGGUCAAUCUCAACAGCAAGACCAACAAGUUGGUGUUGCCGGUGAAACCUUAGUGCCAACAACAAUCGUAGACAAUAGAAAUCAAUACGCAUCAAAUAAUCCUUUAUCAUCAUCAGGAUAUUUUGUAUCUUCAAUUGAUCCCGUCUCCGCCUAUCCAAGCUCCUCUUCAUCCUUUUCAUCUGCAGCCACUUCUGCCUCAUCACCCUCUCAACUAGGAUUUCCAGAUCAACGAAAAUUUUUUGAACCUCCAUGGCAAUAUGUUUACAACUAUCCAGUUCCAAUAACCUCAGCUGGUCACUUUGGAGGUGAUUCAUUACCAACUUACAAUGUCCAUCCUCAUUAUAGCAAUGGCCAGCUUUUUUACAAAUCCAAACGUUCAGGACCAGAAAGCUUUGAGCAAAGUUACGAGCAAAAUGUACCAGUUUUGAACUAAUUGGUAGGUAAAUAAGAAUACAAUUAAAAAGGAAAUCUGUUGAUCAAGAAAUGGAUGGAUAACAACUGUUCAAAAGAUUCAACUGAAUAAAUCAAUUCUCGCUUCGAUAACAACUUACAUUUAUGUAACUUUUUUCAUACCAAUCAUUCAUUUUUUAUGUAAUUUUUAAUUCAAUAAACAAAUACUUCACUAAAA